AUUCUGCUGCUGCAGCUUUCAGAGAUCUCCAUACCAAGUAUAUUGGCAGCAUCAAUAUUUUCAGCACAGAGUGGUGAGACUGUGGCGUUCUCUAGGAAUGCACUGUUUUUANUUCUUUUGUGCUUAACUUCAGGGAUAUGCAGUGGCCUACGAAGUGGCUGCUUUGGAAUUUUGAAUGUAACCUUGGUAAAGCAUCUACGAGAAAACUUAUAUGCAACAAUUCUUUUUCAGGACAUCUCCUACUUUGAUAAAGAAAGAGUUGGUGACUUGACAAGCAGGCUCACAGCAGAUUGUCAACGGUUAUCCCAUGUGAUAGGAAAUGAUCUUCAGCUCAUAUUACGCAACACUUGUCAGGGAACUGGAGCAAUACUUAAUUUGAUGGUUUUAUCUUGGCCUCUAGCAUUAUCUGCCUUGGUGAUUUGUUGUAUUUUAUCUGCAAUUUUCAUCGUUUAUGGCCAGUAUCAGAGAAAGGCAGCAAAGUUAAUCCAAGAUUUCACAGCUUGUGCAAAUGACGUUGCUCUGGAAACACUUUCUUCAAUAAGAACUGUACGAGCUUAUGGAACAGGAAAACGAGAAUUUGGAAGGUAUAAGCAGUGGCUACAAAGCUUAGCAGUUAUAACUCUUCGAGAGAAUAUGGCUUCAGGGUUUUGGGACCUAAUAUUUAGCAGCUUAUAUCGUUUUAUGCAGAUAUUUGCAGUGCUGUUGGUAGGUUUGUCUGUUCUCAGAAGUCAUGUAACUCUGGAACAACUUACCAAGUGUGUACUAUACUGUGAGUGGUUGAUUUAUGCAACUUGGAGGAUGACAAACAGCUUAACAUCAUUGCUGCAGUCCAUUGGAGCAUCUGAACAAAUAUUCCAACUGCUUAAUCUUUUGCCCAGUGAUCAAUUCUUAGCCAAAGGUGUGAAGUUGCAUAGGUUAGCAGGUCAUAUUCAGUUUGCAAAUGUAUCUUUUUAUUAUCCUGCAAGGACUAUGAUGCCUGUUCUAGAACACUUGGACUUCUCCAUAGAGGAAAAUCAAAUCGUUGCCAUUGUUGGUCUGAGUGGUAGUGGGAAGAGCACAUUACUCAACCUUUUACUUCGUCUCUAUGAACCUAGUAGUGGUCAGAUAUAUAUCGAUGGAUUCCCUCUUAAAGAGUUGGAUAUUCGUUGGCUGCGUCAGAACAUUGGUUAUGUUGCACAGGAAUCCCAUCUCUUUCAUAUGGACAUCAAGUCAAACAUAAAGUAUGGUUGCCCCGGGAACAUAAAACAAGAAGAUAUCGAACGGGCGGCGAAAAAGGCCUAUGCCCAUGAUUUCAUUUCUUCUCUUCCUAAUGGAUAUGAAACCCUUGUUGAUGACAAUGUACUUAGUGGCGGACAAAAGCAGCGAAUUGCCCUCGCCAGAGCGAUUCUUAGGGACCCUGUUAUAAUGAUACUUGAUGAAGCAACCAGUGCUCUAGAUUCUGAGAGUGAGCAUUAUAUCCAGGAGUCGCUGUAUGGGUUAAAAGAUGAAUCUAAAACAAGAACCAUCAUUAUCAUAGCUCAUAGGCUUUCUACUGCAAAAGCUGCUGAUAAGAUCUUUGUUAUGGAUGAUGGUGGCAUCAUUGAGAUGGGAGAUCAUGAAGAGCUUAUGCUCAAGGAUGGGCUCUAUGCAAAAUUAAAUAAAAUUCAAGCAGAUAUUUUGACUUGAUUUAAUUUAAGUUUGGGUUUUCAGUGAUGAUAAGUAAUAGGACUGCAAUUUAAAGUUAAAAAAGCCUGAGGUGCGGAUUUUCUUCGAGACAGAAGGUAACCCCCCCAAAUUUUAAAAGUUCUAUAUGAGAAUUUAUGACAAUUAAAUUA